AUGAAAGCGUUGAAUUCUGGACCUGUUAUGACUGCUCCGCUGCCGGCGGUGACGGCUGUGUCGCCUCAACCACUACCGGCCAACAAUAAUGUGGACUACUUGUUUGGAUUGGAGAAAGGGGUUGGGAUGGCGCCUCAGCUGCUGCAGAAGGUUGAGGUAGACGAUUGUUUUAAAGAAAGGUCGAUAGGGCCAGAUCCAAUUCAGCAGCACAUUCAGGAUCUGAACAGGCUGAGAAUUGAAGAGCAGCAAGGAGUUUAUGGAAGAAGAAAUGAUGAAAAUCUCACCGGAGGAUUUGUCAGAGGUGAUUAUUACAAGGUACUGGAGAAAUUACCUCCUGUUUUCAUUCCUAGUGGUCCUCCUGGAUACUGGCAGGAGAAGCAGUUCACCGGAGGAGUUUUCCCGGCUAGCAAUAUCAAUACAGAACAGCUAGUUUACACGAUUCCAGCUCUUGUGGGUAUGUACCAUGCCCCGAUGAUGAGACCAGCUGGUCAGGGUUACUACAUAGUUCAAAGGAUUCCAUCAGAGGUUCACCGGGAUCAGCAAGUAUCUUUAAACACCUGA